CCUGGCAAAGUGCAAUUUGGAGUCUCCUCCAACCUCACCUCAGGCAACACGCGCAGAUGGAUCGGACAAGAACCUUUUGAGUAGUUCCAAAGCUCAUGCUAAGAUGAAGCAGGAGACAGUGCUUAUGGAUAGAUUUUUAUCUCGGAGUCCUUCUGUCACCACCAUGAGACCAUUAGGGGAACAGUCUAUGGAGAAGCAAUGCAGUGUGGAAGAGACUAGCACUUGUGCCAAGCCAAUCACUGCUGCAUCUAAUUGCUUGGGAGACCGAAGGCACAGGAGCACUGAUGUUGCAGAACAACCUUCAACUUCACGGGAAAUAGUGAAAGUGAAUUGCCCAGUCUGUGCAGUUGCCAUACCUGAAAACAACAUAAAUAAGCACCUUGACAGCUGCUUAAUAAGAGAAGAGAAGAAAGAAAGUCUUCAAAGAUCUGUGAACCAAAGGAAGCUGCUGCCUAAACUAGUGUAUAAUCUGCUUUCUGAGCGAGAUUUGCGGAAGAAGUUAAAGGAAUGUGGACUGUCAACUCAGGGUACCAAAGCACAGAUGGUUAAACGACACCAGACAUAUGUGCAGAUAUACAACUCGCAGUGUGACUCCUUAAACCCCAGACCAGCCUCUGAGAUCGCUAGAGAAAUUGAAAGGAACGAGAAGACCCAAGCUCAGCUUGAAAGUAAAGCAAGUGAAAAUAUAAUGAAAUUCACAAAGGACCAGUCAGAAGAAGAAAUUGAUGAGGUCCAUAAAGAAUAUCGUAUAAAACAUUGCAAGGAGUUUCAACAACUGGUGGCCGAGGUGAGGAACAAGUGGAAGACAAAGGGGACAAAAAUGAAGAAAGACAAGGAUGUUGAAGAGCAGUGUCCAACCAUCUCAGGAGAGGAUGUUAAGGAGUGCCAGGACAUGGACUAUAGUGCAGAAGAGCUGCAUCAGGAUGACCCUCAAUUAUCAGAGAGCACAGGCAUGCUUGCUGCACCUACUCCUUUGAAAGAUGAGCAUUGUUCAUCCGAUGUGGUCCCGGCUUCACCCUUGUCAAAAAUCAGGUCCUUCAAAAAUGUUUGAGAAACACCAGAGAACUUAUUGUGUAUUGUGAACACCAGCUACAGGAGAGGAAUGAAGGAGUGUAAGAAGAAAAACAGUUUUCAAGACAUCUUUGUAUUCACAAUCUCAGUGAACCAUGCCAAUGUGUAUAAAUAUAAUGUAACUUUCUCAGCUUUGUAAAACUCAUUCCAGUGUAAAUCUGAAAAUGCUGGGAAACUCCGGUCUGGCAGCUUCUGAGGAGAGAGAAACAGAAUUAUCAUUUUGAUCUCAAGAAACUCUUCUCCAGAACAAAACAAAGUCUCGAAAAGUUGACUCAAUUUCUCUCUUCACGUAUGUUGCCAGACUUGCUGAGUCUCUGUAGCAUUUUCAGUUUUUGUUUCAGAUUCCCAUCAUCUGCAGUAAUUUGCUUUCAUCCAGUGUAAAUCAGAUGUACAAGGUUGACAAUGAACUGGAUCUCAUGGUGAACAAUGCACUGGCUUGGAGGCAUUGUGGCCUUUUGAUUAGAUUGAAGAGUUGUUACUAUUGAAAAAGGAAGCAUCGGUUAAGAAAAUGUAACUCAAUGCUAUAAUUCAAUGUAGAAAGUGAACCGAAAGAUGGGAUGAACAGAGGAAAGGGAAGAAGUAAAAAGUAAGCAUUUCACGAAUUCAACAGCAAUUGAAAUCUGAAGGAUUGUGAUGUCAUGCUAGAAAAGUAAAUUUUUAGUGCCAGAGAGGUGGUUUAGCAGUAAAUAAGACUUGUCACCAACAAAAAUAUUACUUGAACGGUCAAGCUCCAACGUUUUUACAUCUAAGUUAGCUGAUAUAUAUCACAUCAGUAUAGCAACUUAACAUUGUUCUGUGGGUUUCAUUGUUGAUCUAUUGGUGUGGUGCCAUUGUUCUGUGCCCU